UGUGAAUGUAAUCCAUUUCGAACAAAUGCACCGUGAAGUGUCAACACAGAGAGUUUUUAAAAUUGUUUGACGAUUUCGAAUUACACAUAAAUAGAUAAUUUGUUAUUAUUUUUCUUUUUCUAACCAAAAAUAAAACGAAAUCAACGGCACGCUCAACCGAUAUGGUGGCAUUGUUUACAAAUUGUGUCACCGAUUACAUUUAGAAACGAUAGUUACUUUUUAUUGAUAGCCACCGUAAGACGAACUGGGAACAAAAUUAUCAAACGACAGAGAGAGCAUCAUGGAUUCGAAUAAAAGUGACACAGUUCAGACGAAAGAGCAACUUGCAUCACACUAUGCAUUGCAUGUUGCGUUGCAAACGAUGAAGGAACGAUGUUUGGCACUACAGCAGCGUCUAACUACCGUCGAACAGGAGAAUUCCACAUUACGCAAACAAUGUGGACAGGAUCAACCGAAUCUCCGUGGCAACAAUAUGGACGAUCGCAGCGAAAUUGAAGUGUUACGCGAACAAGUGGGUGAAUUGACGCGACAAAAGUAUCAAUUGACUGAACACAUUGGAAUGGUAGCGAUGGAGAAUCGACAAUUAUGGUUGCGCCUAUCGAAACUCACCAAAGACAAUCAAUCGUUGGGUGUUUCGUUGAAUAAAAUCAAAACCACAUUAACCGAAACUACGGCUGGCCACCAGAAUUUGAUCCGGUCCAAGACAUUCACACAAAACUCACCGAACCCGAUUCUACGGCAAAAAAUGCAGAUGCAAGACGGCACCAGUACACACGACAAUGGCAAAGAAAUGGAAGACGUUAGCUUGGAAGAGAUUUCAUUGAAAGACUAUACAGAUCAACCGAAUGUACAGGGCGAUCCAAAUGCACCGCACACAAAUACCGAAUUCCAAAGUCGUGUCGUUGCCAAUUCAAUGGGUUUCGGUUACCUGAACGACGAAAGCAUUAACACCAUUUUGUCGAAUGACACCAAGAAAUGUAUGGACAGCAUGGUGGAUAUUAAGAAGGAGCUAUUGCGGCAACAAAGUGAUUUGAAAGUGGCUUUGAGCGGUCUGCGCCAAAGAAGAGUGUUGGAGCUGUGUUUGAACUGCAAAAAUCAGUCAAUGAAAAAGGCGAAUACGGCCGAUAAGAAUCUUGGCACCGAUGAAGUGCAGGAAUUUUAUCAAGAGCAUAUCGAUGGUCCAGCCACAUUUCGACGUCGUCAAUCGUCGGAGAAUGAUGCCGAAAUUACGGAAAUCAUCGGUGAUAACGCUGCAUUUAUCCCAAUCAAACCGGACAAUCAGAGUGAUGCGGUCGAUAUUACACAACAGAAAAAAAUUGCCGAUUGCAUGGAUAAAAUGUGUCCAAUGUGCGGAAAAGUCUAUUCAAAUGUAUCGUCAUUCGAACUAUUCCAAGACCAUGUUGAAUCACAUUUCAUCGACGACACCGAUUUGGAUUUAAGUGUUGAGAAGAACUUUGAAUUCGUUUCGAAUACGGUUGGCCAAUUUUGACCAGCACCAAGUAAAAUCUUUUUCUUGUACGAACUCUGAUAUGAACCCUCGCGUAAUUGAAUUGUGAUUUUGAUCAUUUACUAGAGAACGACAGAAAAGUCUAGAACGAACUAGAAAAGAAAAUCAAAAUUUUGUUCGGACCAAAUUUUUCGAGCAAGCUACCGAGUCUUGUUCCAUUUAGUUUUUAAGUCGAACGGCAUUCGUUUACACAGAAUUGAGUUGUUGAGUAUUUUUAUGAUGAUGAUGAUGAUGAUGACGAAAAAAAGUGUAUGUUUUCAUUUCCUAUACCUAUAUAUUCUAUUUUGCAAACAUUUACAUGAACAAAUUCAUUAGGCCUAGUAGAAUUUAACUUGAACAAAAAAAAAAUUAUGUUUACUGGCAAAUCAAAUAAAAUCAAUUAAUUUCAAUGAA